AUGGAAAAAUGACAAGUGAGUGAUCGCAUUGCACCAAAACAUACUGAAAACAACCUUGCUUUUGUCGCUGGUGUCAAAAACGGCACCAUCUGCAAGACAAGCUUAUAUCAAAAAGGUAUUCAAAUGCUAAUUGUAGUCAUUGAAAGGUGGAUGUGUCACCGCAUGACCUUUUUUCAGUGGCGAUCAAACGUCUUUAAUUGAAAAAUGAAUUCACAAAACGAUCUGAAGGAAAAAGAAAGACUAAAAUACGUCAAUGGAGAUGAGAGAGAGAGAGAAUGAGAAAGGGAGAGAGAUGAUAGGAAUGAAAUGAAGCAAAGUGGGAGGGGGAAUUUAGAGUACAACAGCUGGACAGUCAAUAUCAAGCCCACUGUUGAGACUCGGCGCAUCAGACCGAACGCGUUCACGUCUCUUCCUCUUUCACUAUCAGACGAGAGUGGCAUCUAUUUCUGCGAAUGUUUUAUAGUUGGAGAAAACCCAUGAGGAAUUCACAGCAGGACAAUGAGAUGAGCGCUAUGGAUAGCUGUGUGUUUUAGUACGACGACACUCUUCUGCAUACUAAAGAUUUCCAAAUCCCACAGAGAUGUCUGGAAUGGACGGAUCACUGGAUGAGAUAAACGGCACUGAAUUUGACAGCGAGACCGUCCUGAGAUUCAGCCCUACAUCUGUUUCAACAGGGGCGGCCACUGUCUUAUAUAGCCGGACUGCGAAUGUGUAUGUCUACAUCUCCAUCUUCCUCAGCUUGCUGCUCUUCCUGCUUACCCUGUUAAUCAUUGCUCUCCACAGGCUAAAGAACCUCAUUUCUUCCAGUUCUUCAUACCCAGAAUGCAGCAGUGAGGCGGGAAGCUCCUUCACUAAUAUGGAGAUCUGCAGCGUUUCCUCACAGAGAUCAGCUGUUUCAUCACUGUCCUGCUAAAAGACUGACAGAAAGAGAGAGCUUUAUCACACUCAUCUGUGAAUUUAUUUUGAUCUUUUAUAAUUCUUUAAGCAUUUUAGAUGUGAUUUGGUAUGUAUACAUAAAUAUUUAUCAUCAUGUGUUGUUAAUAUUUUAAGAUGCCAUUAAAUAAUUCAGUAAACAAUGUAAUACACAAUUAAAAUGAUUUCUUUUAACAACCACAGACAGAUUAAAAUUUAAUAGGUCUAUAGAAUCAUUAUGUAAGUCUUGUAUUACAAUUUUGAAACAUUGUAAUGCCGUUUGCAUGUACAUAAUAUACUGUAAAUAGUUAAAACUGUCAUACUGACAUAUUUCAAUAAAGUAUGCAUUGAGAAAAAAAUA